AUGUCCGUCGCAGAUUUAGGUCAUAGGAAACGUUUGGCCGAGGGGCUAACGGUGACGCAAAAGGUUUUUGUAAGAUCUCGAAAUGGUGGGGCCUCCAAGAUUGUUCGAGAACACUACCUGAGAAAUGAUAUUCCUUGCUUGUCUAGAGUCUGCAAAGUUUGUCCCAACGUGGUGGUUCCCGAUGCCAAGAAUGAAUUACCUCAGUUUGUUCUUUCAGAAGAGCCUUUAUCACUUUCCAAUGGUCCACAUUACGUGGUUCUAGAUACGAAUAUCGUGUUACAAGCGAUCGAUCUAUUAGAAAAUCCUGAUUGCUUUUACGAUGUGAUUGUUCCCCAAAUUGUGCUCGACGAAGUUAGGAAUAAAUCGUACCCAGUGUACACGAGACUACGGACGCUCUGUAGAGAUAGCGAUGACAAGAAAAGGUUCAUCGUGUUCCAUAACGAGUUCAGCGAAAGUACAUUCGUGGAAAGAUUGCCUAGUGAAAGCAUUAAUGAUAGAAAUGAUAGAGCUAUAAGAAAAACGUGCCAGUGGUACGCAGAACACCUGAAGGAGCACAAUAUUCAUGUUAUCCUUGUGUCAAAUGACCGCUUGAAUAGAGAAGCUGCAUCUCAGGAUAGCUUUCUAACCAAAAGUCUUUAUGAAUAUGUUGAAAUGUUACCGAACGCUGAGGACAUCAAGGACUCUAUUCCAAACUUUGAGAGCUCUUCGGAUAAUACCAAGGAUGUUGAGGCAAAGGCAGAGUUCACUUUUCCUGAGUACUAUUCGACCGCAAGAGUCAUGGGUGGCCUGAAGAAUGGGGUCUUGUACCAAGGUAACAUUCAGAUUUCCGAGUAUAACUUUUUAGAGGGUUCUGUCAGUUUAUCCACAUUUUCCAAGCCGGUCCUCGUUGUUGGGCAGAAGAAUCUAAACAGAGCAUUCAAUGGAGACCAAGUAGUCGUUGAGCUACUUCCUAAGUCGGAAUGGAAAGCGCCCUCGUCCAUUGCACUGGAUUCCGAGCAUUUUGACGUUAAUGACAACGCCGAUGCAGACGAGGAUGUUGGCGCAGUAAUCUCCGACAAGCAACGUAAGUUGCUCGCUGAAAGCGCUAUUUCAGCCCAAAAGCUGAACAAAGUGCAGCCAACAGCGAGAGUGGUUGCUAUCCCAAGAAGAUCUUGGAGGCAGUUUGUCGGGCAGAUCGCACCUAACUCUGUUGAUCCACAUACCGGUGGAACCCAAAAUGUUUUCGUUAUCCUAAUGGACAAGUGCUUACCUAAAGUCAGAAUUCGGACGAGGCGUGCCAAGGAGCUGUUGGAUAAGAGAAUUGUUAUAUCAAUUGAUUCCUGGCCCGCAGAGCAUAAGUACCCGCUGGGACAUUUCGUUAGAGAUUUGGGCGAAAUCGAAUCAGCAGAGGCAGAGACCGAGGCGCUUCUUCUUGAGCAUGACGUUGAAUACAGGCCAUUUUCGAAGAAGGUGUUAGAAUGCUUACCGCCUGAAGGUCAUGAUUGGAAGGCACCGGCCGAUUUAAAUGAUCCCGCUAUGAUUGCCAAGGACCCUCUACUUCCAAAAAGGCGUGAUUUGAGAGAUAAACUGAUAUGCAGUAUCGAUCCUCCAGGCUGUGUCGAUAUUGAUGACGCCUUACAUGCGAAGAGGCUCGCAAAUGGAAAUUGGGAAGUUGGCGUUCACAUUGCAGACGUCACUCAUUUCGUGAAGCCGAACACUGCACUUGACGCAGAAGGUGCGUCUAGGGGUACAUCUGUUUAUCUUGUUGACAAGCGUAUUGAUAUGCUUCCAAUGUUGCUAGGUACCGACUUAUGUUCUUUGAAACCAUACGUCGAUAGAUUCGCUUUUUCGGUCAUCUGGGAACUUGAUGCAGACGCAAAUAUAGUGAAUGUGGACUUUACGAAAUCAGUAAUUAAAUCGAGGGAGGCAUUCUCUUAUGAACAAGCCCAGUUGCGCAUUGACGACCCGACACAGAAAGACGAGUUAACGGAAGGUAUGAGAGCGCUGCUUCACCUUUCUAUUAAAUUAAAACAGAAAAGACUAGAUGCCGGAGCUUUGAAUUUGGCGUCCCCAGAGGUCAAAGUUCAUAUGGACAGUGAAACGUCAGACCCUAACGAAGUGGAAAUCAAAAAGCUGCUUGCAACGAAUUCCCUAGUCGAAGAGUUCAUGCUUCUGGCUAACAUAUCUGUAGCCAGAAAAAUCUAUGAAGCUUUCCCGCAGACUGCAAUGCUGAGAAGACAUGCAGCACCUCCUGCAACCAAUUUCGAGAUUUUAAAUGAAAUGUUGCAGACUAGGAAAGGCCUUUCAAUCUCGAUAGAGUCUUCUAAAGCUUUAGCAGACUCCUUGGAUCGCUGCAUAGACCCUAAUGAUCCCUAUUUCAAUACCUUGGUCCGUAUCAUGUCCACUAGAUGUAUGAUGGCCGCCCAAUAUUUCUAUUCGGGUGCUUACUCGUAUGCUGACUUCCGUCACUAUGGUCUAGCCGUGGAUAUUUACACGCACUUUACAUCUCCGAUCAGACGUUUCUGUGACGUUGUUGCGCACAGACAACUCGCUGCCGCUAUAGGGUACGAACCACUAGAUUUGAUGCAUAGAGAUAAAAACAAGAUGGAGAUGAUAUGUCGAAACAUCAACAAGCGCCAUAGAAACGCCCAGUUCGCUGGUCGAGCUAGCAUCGAAUAUUACGUUGGUCAAGUGAUGAGAAACAACGAGACGGUGGAAACCGGAUACGUCAUAAAGGUCCUCAACAAUGGUAUUGUUGUAUUGGUUCCGCGCUUUGGUGUGGAGGGCCUAAUAAGAUUGGAAAAUCUAACGACUGACCCUAAUUCUGCAGAGUUUGAUGAGGUAAAUUUCAAACUCUCUUUCAAGCAAAACGAAACGGAGAAGCAGAAGGAAAUUUACGUCUUUGACAAGGUAGAGGUUCAACUGAGGUCAGUGUUGGAUCCCGUCACCAGCAAGCGUAAAGCGGAGCUGCUGCUUAAGUAG